AUGUCAAUACCAAAAAUUAGUCAAGUUAAAGAUUUAACACGUAUUGAAAGAAUUGGAGCACAUUCACAUAUUAGAGGAUUAGGAAUUGAUGAUUCAUUAGAACCAAGAGAGAUAUCUCAAGGUAUGGUUGGACAAGUUGGAGCAAGAAAAGCAGCAGGAUUAAUAUUACAAAUGAUAAAGGAAGGUAAGAUAGCAGGUAGAGCAAUAUUAAUUGGAGGUGAACCAGGUACAGGUAAGACAGCGAUUGCCAUGGGUAUGGCACAAUCAUUAGGAGAGAAGACUCCAUUUACAGCAAUUGCAGCCAGUGAAAUAUUUUCAUUGGAAAUGAGUAAAACCGAAGCAUUAACACAAGCAUUCCGUCGUUCAAUUGGCGUACGUAUUAAAGAAGAGACAGAGGUGAUUUGUGGUGAAGUCGUAGAUAUACAAAUCGAUAGACCAGCAACAGGUAGCGGAGCAAAAGUUGGUAAACUCACAUUGAAAACCACAUCAAUGGAUGCAUUAUAUGAUUUGGGUGCAAAGAUGAUCGACUCACUCACCAAAGAGAAGGUUCAAAAUGGUGAUAUCAUUCGUAUAGAUAAAGGCACUGGUAAGAUCACAAAAUUGGGAAGAUCGCUAAGUAGAGUAAGAGAUCAUGAAAUUAGUGGUUCUAAAGUAAACUUUAUCGAAUGUCCAGAAGGUGAAAUUCAACAAAGAAGAACCGAGACCCACACUGUAUCACUCCACGAGAUCGAUGUUAUCAAUAGCAGAGCACAAGGGUUCUUUGCCUUGUUUGCCGGUGACAUUGGUGAGAUUAAAUCUGAAGUACGUGAACAAAUCAAUCAAAAAGUUGCCGAAUGGAAGGAAGAAGGCAAAGCUGAAAUCGUACCAGGUGUUUUAUUCAUCGACGAAGUACACAUGUUGGAUAUCGAAUGUUUUUCAUACUUAAAUCGUGCCUUGGAGGACGACAUGUCACCAAUCUUAAUUAUAGCCACCAAUCGUGGUAAUACAACUAUUCGUGGUACCGAUUAUAAAGCACCACAUGGUAUUCCAUUAGAUCUCUUGGAUCGUUUAUUAAUUAUCAACACUCAACCAUACACUGAAAAAGAUAUUUACAAAAUUUUAAAGAUUCGUUGUGAAGAAGAGGAUGUAGAUAUUCAAGAGGAUGCAUUACAACUUUUAACUAAAAUUGGUGUUGAAACUUCACUUCGUUAUGCAAUUCAUCUAAUCACUUCUUCUUCAUUAGUAUCUGUUAAAAGAAAAGGUACUGAUGUUUCAGUUGAUGAUAUUAAAAAAGUUUAUGACUUAUUUGUUGAUGUCAAAAGAUCUACAAAAUAUUUAAAAGAUUAUCAAGAUGAAUAUUUAUAUAAUUCUCAACCAGAAACAACAGCAACAAAAACUAAUGAAGAACAACAAACAAUGCAAACUGCUUAA